CAAGUUGAGGAUAAAAUGUGGAUAAGUGAUGCUUUAGCGGCUUUGGUGCAAGAAUCCCGAAAGAAGAAAGACCCGCUCUCUCUCUUUUCUCAAACGGAGUGAAGCGGCCACAUCUCAUCUUUUGAUUUGUGUCAUAUGGCAGCGACAGUCACCGCCGCUCCACCUGAGCUCUGCAACUCUGCAACGGACUUUUUUUCUUCUUCUUGUUGCUGAAGUUUUCUUACAGCCAGAUCUGUGUCAGGAUCUCAAGAAGCGGGCUGGAUUCCAAUUCAUUAAAGCUCGCACUGUGGACAAAGAAGAGUGUCUUUCUGUGUCCUCAUCCACCCUGCCUGAGUUUGAGAGGAUCACCACGAUCACUGUCUCCAGCACGUAUCCAGGAUGAGGCAUGUGUCUCUGCGCUGGCUGAGGGGCGUGUCCCUGCUCCUGCUGCUCCAGACGGCCACUUCCAUGGUGAUGCUUCCAAACUCCACAGACUGGGGGCAGAUUCUGGACAAGUAUAUGGACGAGGAGGGGGACUGGUGGGAGGCCAAGCAGAGGGGGAAGAGGGCCAUUACAGACAGUGACGCUCAGCUCAUCCUGGACCUUCACAACAAGCUCAGAGGCCAGGUUUACCCUCCGUCAUCCAACAUGGAGUACAUGGUGUGGGACACAGAGUUGGAGCGUACAGCAGAGGAGUGGGCAGAGACUUGUCUAUGGGAGCACGGACCUGCCAGUUUACUGCCACAGAUCGGACAGAACCUGGGAGCACACUGGGGAAGGUAUCGUCCACCCACGUUCCAUGUGCAGGCCUGGUAUGAUGAAGUCAAAGACUACACCUUCCCUUACCCUCAGGAGUGUAACCCCUAUUGCCCCUUCAGAUGCUCCGGCCCAGUUUGUACUCAUUAUACACAGCUGGUAUGGGCCACCAGCAGUCGGAUUGGCUGUGCCAUCAACAUGUGUUACAACAUGAAUGUGUGGGGACAGAUUUGGGCCAAAGCCGUCUAUCUUGUCUGCAACUAUUCACCAAAGGGAAACUGGUGGGGGCAUUCACCUUACAAACAUGGGACCCCAUGCUCUGCCUGUCCUCCCAGCUAUGGAGGAGGUUGCAAGGACAACCUCUGCUACAAAGAUGACAGCUCUAACCUUCCACAAGAGGAAACGGAAGAAAACAACUUCAUUGAGCCGGAGGCACCCCGUGCUCCACAGAAGCCCCGGUCUAGGGCCUCCAAGCCCAAGACUCCCAGUCUCCCCGCCCCAGCCCCCACCAAGCCCCCCACAGAGAACCUGCAGAAGAAUGAAGUGGUCAACACGCAGCAGAUGUCUCAGCUUGUGACCUGUGACACUAAGCUUCGAGAUCAGUGUAAAGGAACACCAUGUAAUAGAUAUGAGUGUCCAGCUGGGUGUCUAGAUGUUACAGGAAAAGUAAUUGGGACAGUAUACUAUGAAAUGCAAUCCAGUGUGUGCAGAGCUGGUCUACAUGCUGGUGUCAUAGAUAAUGACGGAGGAUGGAUGGAUGUAACAAGACAAGGCAGAAAGGACUUUUUCAUUAAAUCAAACAAGAACAGAGUCCAGUCUCUUGGAAAAUAUCUGAGUGCUAAUUCCUUCACAGUUUCCAAAGUAGCAGUCAAAGCCAUCACAUGUGAAACGACAGUUGCACAGAUGUGUUCAUACCAAAAACCUGCAAAACAUUGUCCAAGGUUAUACUGUCCGAGAAACUGUUUAGAAGAGAAUCCUCACAUAUCCAGAGUCAUCGGUACCAGAAUAUACUCUGAUAAGUCCAGUAUAUGCCGAGCAGCAGUCCACGCUGGAGUAAUCAGGAGUGACGUGGGUGGUUACAUCGAUGUGAUGCCAGUGGACAAGCGGAAACACUACAUUGCCUCAUACCAAAAUGGCAUUUUCUCAGAGAGCCUUCAAAACCCUCCUGGAGGGAAGGCGUUCCGGGUGUUUGCUGUGAUUUGAGUGCCCCAGAGGGCAACUUCACCAAAGAAAAAGCCCACUUGGGUGGUUGAAUAGGCGAAAUCAAGCCCAGUUGUCAAACUCAAUGACUGAAAUGUUUCUUGCUUUGCUAGACUCCAGGGGUUGGAGGUCGUCUCCAUGACAGUGUAAUGGUGCGUUCUUUUUGUCUUGUAAUCGCAACUAGUAGCUCGAGUGUGAC